GAUGCGCAUAGUAUGAGCACGUUUUUCAACCGUCAAACAUUCACUCUCACAAACGACUAAUAAAAGUGAAUUUUGUUUGAACCAAUUUAUUAUUCAUUCCGUCUGUUGAACAGUUUCUUUAAAAACGAUUUUUUAAAUAUGGCUCAAAAUCAAAAAAUUACUGAAGAUGAUAUUAUUGAUUUUUACAAAUCAAACCAAAUUAUUUCCAUACGAAAAGAAGAUCUACAACGACCAAGCAAAGAAUUUGUUAUUCAACUUUACAUGCUAAUUUUAGAAAAAUUGGACAUGUCUACUAAUAUUUAUCAACCAGAUAUUUUGGCUUGUAUCAACGGUCUGAAUGAACAUAUGGAACAAACAUAUUUGGCGAUUAAUGUCUUUCACUGCAUCAAUUAUUUUGUUUCAAAAGUUGGCAUGAAUGAUAUGAAAAUGAUUGACAUUUUAGAACCGAAAUGUGAUCGAACGAUUCGUAUUCUUCAUUCAUUGGCUACUUUUUAUGUUCGAUAUAAUACUUUGAAAGACUCUUGGUUUAAAUAUAAAGAAAAAUAUUCCAAUAUUUAUCGUGAACGCAAAGAAUUGGAAAAACGUAAUGCAAAUCUUAAACAAUCGAUUGAAGAGAAAUCAAUGUUAAUAUCAUCAUUGAAAAAUAAAUCAAUUGGUAUGGAACAAGAACUAAAAUCAUUGGAAGAAACAUUGGCGGUCAAAAAACGUGAAGCAGAAAAAGAAUCGAAUAUUACUGCUGAAAUAAAAGAUGAAAUUGGUACAUUGAAAGAAAAAUUAUGUGAUAUUAAAUUGGAAUCUGGUCUGAUUAUUGAAUCGAAUAAGAAAUUGUCCAAAAUAAUUGUUCAAUCACCAAACCGUUUAAUAUCGGCAGCGAAUGAUUCGGAAAAUAAAUUGAAAACAUUGAAAGAAGAAUUGGAGCUAAAAAAAUUACAAUAUAAUGAAUCAGUGGCUAAAUUGAAAUCCUGUUCAAUAUCAGAAACAUUUUUGGAUAAUUUCUGCGAGCUAAAAGAAGUGAUUAAACUACAGACACAAAAUGAUGUACAAUGUGAAGAAUUGAAGGAAAUAAAAAAAAAUACAUCAGAUUUAGAUAAAGAGAUGGCACAAAUUGAAAUAAAAAAGAAAAAUAUUGAAGAAAGUAUUCGUUCAUUGAAAACGAAAAUUAAUAAAGACAAUAUUGAAUUUAAUCGUAAAAAGACUAUUCACAUGGAAUUAGUGGAUGGCUUGCGCAUUCAAUGCAAAAAAAAUGAAGAAAAAAUAUCAAAAAUGAAAGAAUCUGUAAUUGAAAAAACUGAUCGUCUUAAACAACUUGAAAAUCAAAUGGAAAAAAUUUGUCAACAAGGACAAGAUAUCCUUGAAAAACAAUCAACUGAACAUCAAAUGAAACUUGAGAAAAUUCUGUCAAUGAUUGAACUUUUUGAAAAACUUAAUUAUGAUAAAAACUAAAAUCUAAAAUAAAUUGAUAUUUAAUGUUUUCAAA